AUGGUCAGCCAGCUUGGCGUUUUGCUUGGCGUGCUAUGUUCUAUUUCUUCAACGGCUGUCGUGCCGUUGUAUGUAUUCUUUGAAAACAGAACAUGCAAUUUUUCUCCGACACAGCGAAGGCCGUGUUAAGGACGUGUGAACUGUGAUUGCGGGUAUGAUUUUACAGUGACGAAUUGGUGCGCUGUUCAUCCGUGUGACCAGAUGUCAAACAUUCUCAUUUUCGGCAGCACUGUGGCGGCAUUGCUUUCAUCUUAGGAAUACUCUAGUUGGGCCUGGAACAUUGGUACUUAGAAAUGGGCAUGAACAUUGCGAUAUUACCGUGCUAAAAAAAUAUCGCGCUACCAGAGGUAUUUGUUUUCUCAGUACUUUACGGAAAGAGACUGCGUGUGCCACAAUGGAAGACAUUGUAAAGUCACCGAACGAUGCCAGGCAGUACAGGGUGAUCACGUUGGAAAAUGGUCUCACCGCACUGUUGGUGUCCGACCACAAGCAACGCCCACUGUCUCCCAUGUCUUGUUCAUCGUCCAGACAGUCUUCUUCGUCACGCCAGUCCACGUCGUCGCCAGCUGGCUCAAAGAAGGCAAGUCACGACUGCCUGGCUGGAGCGGAAGAACUGCCAGAUGUGAAGAUUGGCGAGGAAGCACAAGUGCCCUCGCUUCCGAAGAUCAGCAUUGCAUCUUCGAUAGCAAACUACCUCAGCUCUGCGAACUGCGAAGAUGUUUCGCGCUCCAAAAGUCCGGAUGAGGGGCACUACGAGGUGUUCACCGAACUUGGCUCUGGCUCCUCUAGCCGACCUCAGUCAUUGGAGCAACCGUUUUCAGACGGUACUUCAGAGGAGAGCAUGAGUGAAGACGACGUAAGUGUCCACGGUGGCAGCGACAGUGAGCCUGAAAGUGACGUCGAAUCGGGACAUCGUUCCCGUGCAGAUAGCAAGCAGCACGGCAAUGCCAGGAAGGAAAAAAUGGCAGCUGCUGCCCUCUGCGUUGGCGCUGGAAGCUUUAACGAACCAGAGCAUUUGCAAGGGCUGGCACACUUUCUCGAGCACAUGGUGUUCAUGGGCAGUACAAAGUACCCACGAGAAAAUUUCUUCGAUGCUUUUCUGAACAAGCAUGGCGGUAGUGACAACGCGUACACCGAAUGUGAGAGAACAGUCUACAAGAUGGAGGUUCACCAGAAACAUUUACACCGAGCAUUGGACAUAUUUGCCAAUUUUUUUGUCUCACCACUUAUCAGGAAGGAGAGCAUGGAGAGAGAGUUGGAAGCUAUUGACAAUGAAUUUCAGCUAGUGCUUCCUUCCGAUUCCUGUCGUCUUCAGCAGUUACUUGGCAGCGUUGCCCGUGAAAAACACCCUAUGAGGAAAUUUAUGUGGGGCAACACAGCGUCUUUGAAGAAACUGCCAGAAAAGGACGGCAUAGAUGUCCAUGCUGCAUUGCGCACAUUCUUUGAGCAGCAUUACAGCCCAGCAGUUAUGACUCUUGCUGUGCAAUCAAGGCAUUCUCUGGAUGAACUGGAACGCAUGGUCAGAGAGAUAUUUUCUGCAAUACCGGUACGUGAGCCUGUGCCUGAACUUGGAAGCCUUCUCACUUGUGAACCAUUCCCAUUGGAGCGGUUUGCCAAACUGUAUAAGGUACAGCCUGUCAAGAAAGUAAACAAUGUCUCAAUCACUUGGGCCUUGCCAUCCCUUCUUCAUGAGUAUAGAACAAAGCCGCUGGAAUACAUUUCUUACGUUGUGGGGCACGAAGGAACUGGCAGUAUUUUGGCUUAUCUGAGGAACAGAUCAUGGGCCCUAGGCCUUGUUGCUGGGAAUGAGGGAACUGGAUUUCAUCAUAACACAAUUUGCUCCUUGUUCAAUGUCACAAUCUCUUUGACUGAAGAAGGGCUAAAAAAUGUGAAGGAGGUGCUCACAGCUGUGUUCUCCUUCUUAGCUAUGGUGCGGAAGGUAGGACCUGUCAAGAGUAUCUUUGAAGAAAUCCAAACAGUUGCCGACAGCAACUUUCGCUGGUGUGAAGAGGAAAGUCCAUUGGACUAUGUUGAACGAAUUUGUGCUAACAUGCAGCUCUACCCACCAAAGCACUACCUAGAUGGUGAAACCUGCCUGUUUGAGUAUGACCCUGCAUUAAUUCAAAAGUGCCUGGACCAGCUCGUCCCCUGCAAGGCCAACAUCAUGAUCAUCUCUUGCCGCUACCAAAAACAAGGCAUCUGCACCAAGAAAGAGCCAUACCUCGAAACGCCAUACUGCACCCAGGAGGUUCCAGUAGAAUGGCUUGCAGCAUGGUCCAACCUUGUGCCCGAUCCGUACUUUGAGGUCCCGCAACGAAACAAGUAUAUUGCCUCUGACUUCACAUUGAAGGAAGAGAACGAGCACCAAUCAGAACUACCACAAAAGCUGCAUGAAGACCAGCAAUUUCGCCUGUGGUACAAGAAGGACACUAAAUUCAAUGUGCCCAAAGCUUGUGUGUUCUUUCAGCUGAUAUCUCCUGUAAUGUAUGUGUCCGCUGAAAAUGCUGUCCUUAUGGACAUUCUUUGUGACACUUUGCUCCAAAACAUGAGCCAGGAAACUAAUGCUGCUGUGUGUGCAUCUCUUGACUUCACGAUAUCAGUUAAUGAGAAUGGGCUUAUUAUAAGAGUUUUUGGCUUCAAUGAGAAAUUGCCAGUGCUCUUUGAUGUUAUUUUGCACCAUCUAGCUGCCUUUGAAGUUAAGCAACAGCUCUUCGAAAACAUCAAAAAGCACCUGCAAAAGCGUUAUUAUAAUUUGUUCAUGAAACCAUCACACCUGUGCACAGACACUCGAUUCUCUAUUCUUCAACAGUGCCACUGGUCAAACAUAGAGAAGCGAAUGGUCAUUAAGGAUGUUACUGUCUCUUCACUUCUCUGUUUUGUUGAGGAGUUCCGGAAACAGCUUUUUGUUGAAGGCCUUGUUCAUGGAAACUUUACUGCUUCUGAGGCCAUCAAUUUGGGUAAACUUGUUGUGAAAAAACUGAAUUGUGCACCUCUUCCUACAUGCAUGAUCCCCGAGUCUCGAGUGAUGCAAGUUCCAUUUGGCAGUCAGUAUUGCAGAGUUGCCUCCUUUAACAUUGAAGACCACAAUUCGAUGAUUGUGAACUAUUACCAACUUGGACCUGGUGCUAUUAAGCAGCAUGCACUUGCAGAGCUAAUGAUUGAUUUCAUGGAGGAACCUUGCUUUGAUAUACUGAGAACAAAGUCACAGCUUGGAUAUGAUGUAAGCUGUUCGAACAGGAAUACUAAUGGUAUUGUUGGAUUCACAGUUGGUGUUUGCUGCUCUGCUGAAAAGUUCACUUGCUCAUAUGUCGAUGAACAAAUUGAGCUUUUCCUCUCUAUGUUUGCCAAAAAGAUUGCCGAGCUCACCCAAGAAGAAUUCGCAACACAAGUUUCAUCACUAGUGAAACAGAAAAGCUGUUCUGACUUGUACCUUCAGGAGGAGUCUGACAGAUACUGGGCAGAGAUAGUUUCUUUUGACUACCUGUUUGAUCGUCUUCAGCGAGAAAUUGACUUUCUGAAGGCAUUGACAUUGGAAGAAUUCAAGGAAAGCUGCAAGCUCUUUCUCCCUUCAAAGAACCCUGGAGAGCCACACCGACGAAAACUCUCAAUUCAAAUUGUUGGCUAUGGAGAGGCAGCAAUUGCAGAGUCAAAGCCUAUUGGAUAUCCAUCCCCUCAGACUCCAACAUCCAGCACUGGUGACAUUCACAAUGCCUCUGCCGAGGGCAAAACACUUUCCUACAAACGGUGCAUCGAGCACAUGCACAACGUGCACCCCUGGAAGCACCCCAAGCGCCCUCGUGAUCAGAAUAGCACUGAAGAAGUCAGCAGUGAAGAUAUGACCUAUACCUUGCAGUUCCUUGAAUCAGUGGUUGAAAAACAAGAGGCAGUGUAUGUCAAUGACAUAAUAGUCUUCAAACAAGGCCUAGCUGUGUUUCCUGUUUGUAGGGUCACAUCAUGAAGCUCACUCGCCAUUUAGCCUGUCACUUGCAGAAUGCUGUACCACCACUGCCGCUGGAUAUGUCAAAGUUUUACCUUGCGAUGUCUAGAGUGCGUUGCUCCAUACACAAUUUCCUGUGUUGAAGUAUAUUUGUUAGUGGAGCCAUCCACUUAGAGCUUUGAAAAUUUUGAGCCAUGUUGGCUUUGCUGCAUGUAAAAGUGGUGCUCUUAUGGACUCCUGUGCCUUGUGAAGUGCCGAAGGUGUAACCCUGCAGCUCAGUCUUUCAUGCUAUUUCCUAAUUUGUAUUAUUGCCCUAAGGGGGCACAUUGUUCGUAUGAUAAUAAAUGAGCUUGAAAGGUGA